AUGUCAAGACAUCCUAUGGUAACUCGUAGUCAAACACAAAAUGUAUGGGCCUCUAGUGCCUCUACGAAUUAUGAAGCACGCCAUCAUGCCGGCGCGUUAACAUCGUAUCACGAUAAGGAACGAACAGUCAUAAAAUUGGGUGGUGUCACACAAAAUUAUCUGUAUAACAAGGGUGAAGUAUCCGUACCCUUUUAUCUGUUACCACCAUUUCACAACCCACUUCGUAACCCCAUCGAUGGUCUUGGAAUUAUGACCCAUGUAGAGGAAUGUACAUUUAUCCUAAUAUUGAACCCCGGCGAAUUUGCUUUAAUAAACAAGGUAAAUUUAUAAACUAACAAAAAAAAAUCUAAAUGUCUUUCAAACCUUACUAAAUUUCUCUCUCUCUCUUAGGACAUCGCUGCCAUGCUAGAUUCCGUGGAUAAAGAAAGUUGGGCAAGAAUCGCGCGCAAAAUAUCAGUACAAGAAUGGAACAAUGCACAAACAACAACAAAAGUUAGAAAAUAUAUAAUAGAGGAUCAAACUGACAAUCUUAUUGUAACAACAACGUAA